UAAUUUAUUUGAUUACCUUAUAUCACAAUUCGCCGAUACUAAUACUAGUAAUCGGCGUGGUAAUAGAAAAAGAAAAAUAAAUAAUGAAUUUGUCGAAAAGCAGGCUGAAACAAUUGAAAUAGAUGUAUAUAAUAGCUUGCAAGCCAAUAAACAAACUAAUGAG